AAACAGCGUACACAAUGUAUAUACACAAGCCCGCACCGGUGUUAAUUUGAUGGCCAUGGUGGUUUAGACUUUCACAGCGCCUCAAUUGAAGAUGAAUUUCCUCUACAGAUUGGGAAUAUUCCUUAACAUUCUGUGGAUACAAGCUUUCUUUGUGCCUGGAUUACAGUGUAAUCUGUCAGAGGAAGAUGUUUUGCUCUUGAAGGAUGAGCCUAAUCCAAAGUGUUUCUCUCGGACAACAUUGGAUUUCACCUGCUUCUUCGAGACUGCAGACAACAGGACUUAUAAUUUGUUCUACUCUAUAGACUCUCCAGCGCAGAGGUGUGAAUUAUCUGUCCAGAGAACAGAGAAGGGAACUUUGCUGCACAUCUGCUCUUUUCCUGAAGUUAUGUGGUUUGUUGACUGCAUCCUUACAGUCACUGAAUCCUUUACAAACGCCACCAUCUACACUCGGACUGUCUCUAUGAACGAUCAUGUUCUUUUAGAUCCACCAGUUAAUCUGUCUUUACACCCAAAUGGCCAAGUGGGACAGCUGAAUCCUUCAUGGACUUCAAACAUAAAAGACGUACUAGUGAAGUACAGAAUUGAGUACUCCUCUGAGGUCCUUUACAAGGAGUUAGAUCUAGAGAAAGAGGACACACUGGAUUCUCUAAAAGAAGGCGAGGAGGUUAAAGUGCAAGUCGCUAUUAAACCUGAUUCACCUUUUGAUGGCCCUUGGAGCAGGUGGUCAGAUCCUGCACGAGCUGUGGUCCCCCAAAGUGCAGAUGACACUGCACUUUUAUGCUUCACCUCUGACCUGAAAAAUGUCACCUGUCACUGGAAUUCGAGCAAAUAUGAUAAAAACAACUUUGAACUUUUUUACCAAAUCCUUCACAGCAAGACCUCGAGGUGGACGAGUUGGACUGAAUGUGUGGCUGAUGAGAAAAUCACUGACCAGUGUUGUUUCCAUGGAGGAGAGUCCAGGGAAGUCAGGGUCAAGCUCACAAACAUCUCAGGUCCAAAAAGGAGAACUUUCUACACUGGAGCAUUUACACUCAGCAACUCCAUCAAAACAUCCCCACCAACUCAUCUGAAAAGAAUCCUCAAGAAAGAUAAGUUGUGCUUGAAAUGGGACGCUCCUCUUCCGUCACUGUCAAAUUACCUACAGUAUGAAUUUGACCACCAGCUGAAAGAAUAUGAAGGAUGGAAGUAUUUCCGUCCAGAGAUGGUAAAGGGCCCUAAGACAGAAGCAUGUGUUGAGGUUCCAGCAGGCAGCCAGUACAGAGUCAGGGUCAGAGCUAAACCCGCUGGGCAAAUUUACUCUGGCUUCUGGAGUGACUGGUCCAAUGUGUUCACUGGUGAAAACCCCCGUGACUCCCUCAGUUACACAGGCGUGUUGCUCAUCGUGUGUAUCCCAGUAUUUAUACUGAUAACAGCCACCAUCAGCACCAUCGUGUGUGCCCUGCACAUCAGGAAAGUCAAGCAGUAUUUUUGGCCACCAAUUCCAAACCCUGAGAAAGUCUUGCAAGGCUAUCUGACAGAGAUCAACACGCAGAAAAGGGAUCAUCCUGUUCUAGAAAAGCUGUGCUCUGAGGAAAACACUACAUCUGUAGUGGAGAUCAUGUCUGAAGAAGAGGUUUCCAAGUUUAGGAAGCCGUCAGAAGAAUUCGCCGAGCUCCUGUCAUCAGAAGGGAGCUUCACCAGCAGCGAACUGGUAGAUGGAAGCCCGGGGACAGAAAUCUUUCCAGACUACGUGACUCUCAACAAAGACAGUAUCUUUCUCUGCUCACCAGCAAACAUUUACAUACAUGAGCAUGUGACAGAGAAAGGAAACCAUGAGAUAGGAGAUGAGUACCUUCCCACGUGUUCCUGCUCUGAUGGCUCCGUCUGCUUCUCACCUUGCUUAUGCAGUGACCUUCUUAACCAUUCAUAUUUGCCUCUGGCAGAGCCUGCAGAAAAAUUCAGCUGCAAGGUCACUGCUGCAAGGAGUCCCGGAAACAUCUAUACUAACUUUCCAUAAGAAGAACAAAAAGUGUAGCAAGUUUUUUUGUUUUUUGUUUGUUUGUUUGUUUCCAUCAGUGCAAAUCUUCUGUACAGUAAUCUCUGCACUUUGUACUGUUUGGCUGUAAAAAAAAAAAGGCUACAAAAUGAAAACAGAGCUCAGCUAUGAAUUAUUUGAGCCUUAACACAUUGUUUGGCCCAAGUAAAGAAGCGAUUCCACAAAGUCGUCAUCAACGGUCAGCCCUGAUAUGUAGUCUUUUAGGAUCAGAUGGUAUCAGAUUUGGAGUUUAAGUUUUUGGUUGGCAGGAUUUUACAGCGACUUUCAUCUUACUUCCCAUCGUCAAAUUGUAUAUUGUAUGCAGGGCUAUCUCUAUCUUGUGUGAGAGAAAAUGGUGAGACUAUGAGUCUGUGACUGCGUUCAGUGGUGUGACCAAUUAAGAAUCAUUUCUGAGUCUUGUGCUAUACUCAGCCAUAUGCUCACAGGAUCCCUCUGCGACACGUUCCGGCUCAUUCACACUGCCGCUGUUUAUGGAGCAGAGAGUCUUCCGCAGCUGCUUAUAUUUCAUAUAAUUUAAAGUUGUUAUGUUAACAUUUCUUUUGGGGGAGUUUUACACUAUUGUGAUACAAUUUUGUACAUCGCAGUAAUGGAAUGCAAUGGAGUUUGCUUUGGACCUUGGUGUAGAAGAUGUACAUUCUUUCUGUAUGCUGUAUAAAGCAAAUUUCCCCUUAAAUGUUACAUUUUUGCUAAGUGAAGAUGACACCCGAGUGUUUUUUCCCCUUUCACUGUCCUACCAAUGUUGUAUAGUGAUUGUACGUGUUACUUUUUAGACAUUUUUGCAACUUCCUUUCUUUUUUCUUUUUUAAAGAAAGUACAAUAAUAACUGAAAAAAGUGUUAAUUAUGCAUUACAAUGUUGUUUUCAUGUUUUGCAGUUUUGACAAUAAAAUUUAACAAAAUUAUAUUCUUUUUGGAUUUUCUGUAGUCACUGAACCAUUUAGGCUUUGACUGGUAUUAUGUUUCAAAGCGAAACCCAGGAGAUGCUCAACAUUUUACAUAUUUGCCUCUGGCUGGGCCUGCAGGUAAGUUUAACUGCAAGGUCACUGUGGCAAGGAGUAUCAGAAACAUCUAUAUCAAGUUCCCCUAAAAAGAAAGAACAACGUAAGAAGUGUACUUUGUUUCCAGUGGUGGAGAUUUCAUGUACAGUGAAAAGGAUACAAAAUGAGGGUUAGGGCUCAGUGGUGACUUAUCGGAUGAUUAAAAGAAGUGUUUCCAUAAAAUAACAACGAUAAAUUUUUUCUAUGAAGGCUUUUAGAACAAAAACGUUCACGUCAGACUUCAUCUUCUUGCUUUUCUUGCCUCCACCUAAAUAACAGCUACAGUAUCCUACCUUGAGAUAUCUUAUUUUUAUUUUUCAAAGCACAAGCUGUCUUUCUGUGUGUUAUACUUUUACUGUCAGUAGGUGGUGGUAGAGAUCAGCAGGUGGGCUGUUGUCACAAUAAGUCCUUCUCAGACAUGUGGGCAGCUACACUACAUGACAGAAACUGGGAGAACAUUUAGAUUUUGGCCGAGUCUUAAGUUUGUAUUUUUAUCAUACAUUCACACACACACGAUAUCCCCGUAAGCAAUAUUAACUUUGUAGUAAUAUGAGUAAACUGGUGAGGAUGUUUCACUUCAACUCUGUCAUAAAAAACAAACAAAAACCAACAGACACAUUACAGCUAGAUGUUAAUUUAUUACACAAAAUAAUUGAAAGGCUCAAUGUAAGAUGAUUCAAAUAAUUAUCACUCACAAAUUGUACUUAAGACCUGAGAUGAAGGAUGGGAAAUCACAACAUCACGACCACUGGUGCGGACGAGGGAACCAACAAGAAAAUGAACAAGAAUUCUUUAACAAAAUCACUGCACUGUUUGGGAACACCGUCUUCAAAAAGCAAGAACUGCAUUAAACGUUCAUUCAGACAUUUAUUGAAUAUUUUGGUGUCACUCGGGGAGGUUGAUGAUUUUAGAUAAUGCCAGCUCUUGACACAGUACUAAUCAGACAGUGUAUGACUGUAUCACUCACUGGUUGAGAAUCACAAAUGGCUCUGCAACUACUGUAUGCUAUCACCCCGCAUCCAGCCAGCCGCCUUCUGUAAAAUAUACUGCUGUCGCACUUUAAUGGCACAUCUACAGCGUUCGCCAGACUGUAUGAUAUCAUGGCCAUAAAUUAGCCCACAAUCGUCUAUGAGGCAAUCGCAGAGGGUGGGAGAAAAGCGAGCUAUGAGAGGGAGACAGUUGAGAGAAAGAGAGAAAGCUUAAAAGAGUCAGUGUUUACUGGCGUACAAGCCUCUCCUCCCAACAAGAAUUCUUUCCAUGUUUCAUCACUGCCCACUUGCCCAUACACAAAUGUCUGUGGAGGGAGGUUGACUCACCUCAUGAUGUCAUUUCCUUAACUUUCACUUGCAAUCAGGGUGAGAAACGACAUGGUUUGAAAUCUGAUGGGCUUUAACAUGCAUACGGUGUAACACAGUAUAUGUGUUUACGUCUGCUAUGUUGCCAUGUUUACAGGCCCUAAAAACGUGAAUUCAGCAACAACAGGAAUAAGGCCACCGAGGCAGGUCAACCUUUCAGCUCCUACUGGGACGCAACACAUGGAAACACAGCAAACAGCUUGUUCUGUAUUUGAGUACAAACUCUGACUGCAGUGACAUUUGGUCCUACUGGGUUCUGUGAGACAGACAGAGUUUCCCAGCAAGAUCUUAGUCAACAGUGGAGUGAAAACUGCCAUACGGGGGGGGGAAGAAAAAAUUAGAGUAAUUAACGACACUGGCACAGUUAAUGAUGUGAGAGAACUACACUGCCUUCAGAAUCAUUCAGCAGGAUUGAAGUCAUUGAUUUUCCAGAGAGGCACUGUAGAUUAAAGAAGCAGAGGUGUUCUGUUCGAGUAAAUGAAAGUCUAGGUCAGAGUUUAAUAAUGAAAACACUAAUUUUCCACCUCUGUCGGGUUAGGGUUAGGGUUUCUAAGUCUUUCUUACAUGUCUGUCAUCCCCUCUUUGUUUAUACAAUGUUUACAUCAACAAAACGUUACAAAACCACUGCAAUAUAGCAUCACUUGACCAGUUACUGCCAUAGACUGUAUAUAAAAGAUGGAUACAGCUACACAUUGGUUUGCAAGGAGCAUUUUUGUCAUCACCAUCUUAAUGUUUUGAACCUGGACGAGCAACAAGUAGAUCUGACUAAAUAAAACAAAACAAAAAACAAGUGACAUUGGACGCUAAAGAAUAUCCUGCUUCAUCUUUACCUUUACGUGUUUUACCCUAAAUAGAUCAUCAUUUAAAAUCAAUUAAAACAAUGCAAUAUUGUUCUAAUUGAUGCCGAUACGACGGCAUUGUUUUACCGGACACCAACUGAGACUAUAAACUCAUCCAUGUUUUCUGAAGUCAUACAACAAAUGCAAAGUAGGAUCAUUUUCUUAUAGACUUCCAUACAAUCCAUGAUCUUUUCUUCUUUUUUUAACAAGAGGUGUCGCCCCCUGGUGCCCAUUAUAAGUAAUGCAGGUUUAAGGCACUUCCACACAUGCGUAAUUUUUUUGUUUUCUUUUUCCACCGGUCUGGGAGGUGACAUCCAUCUUUAUAUAUAAUCUUCAGUCACUGGUAGCUUCUCUAUCGGGUGGCUUUAAUAAAUAACAAGUUAUAAUGCAAAAAAAAAAAAAAAAUCACUGUAAUCACACCAGAAU